AUGUCUGAUCCCAUCGGCGCGUCGCGUCUCGUUAUAGCGCGUGGAUUCGCUAAGCGACCUAAGAAGUGGCGAGGAGACCCCUGGGUGAUGGUGAGAGUGCCGCAGGGGGCAGAGCAGGUGCCGGCGUCUCAGCCCAAUGCAGGCAGCGUGGGCGGCAGGAAUCAGAGGCGCCGCAUGUUGCAGCGGCAGCAGUUCAUCAAGGAGCAGUGGCAGAAGGUGAAGGAGCAAAAGAAGGAGGCUCUUAAGCGACGAGAUGAGGAGAGGAGGGCGAGGUGGAAGGCGGGUGCUGCGAGAGCAAGAGAGUGGCGAGAACAGCAACUUGCAGCAGCAGCUGCAUCAACAGGGGGAGGGGAAGGUGCAGGAAUUACUGUUUAA